AUGGCCCAGAUGAAGCUCCUGGAGGACGUGGUGAGGAGCCAGCAGGAGUUUGAAGAACUUUACUCAGACAUGGCGACUGUCAGCUCCAGCGCAGACAUCAGCGACUCGCUGAGGGGGCCCGCUCAGUGCGGGGCCUCCGUGCCGACGGAGGUCAGCGGGCGCGGGCGGACGUCGCCCUCUAGGAGGCGCCACCGAACCACCUUCAGCCACCGGCAGCUGGAGCAGCUGGAGGCAGCCUUCACUCAGAACCAGUACCCCGACAUCUACUUCAGGGAGGAGCUGGCCCGCCUCACCAAGCUCAACGAGGCUCGCAUACAGGUUUGGUUCCAGAACCGACGAGCGAAGCAGAGGAAGAGCGAGCGGGCCUCCCACCACGCCCCCCCGGCGCCAGGUGUGGUGUCGGGCCACUUGCCACGGCUGGGCGGGAUGCAGCUCCCACCGAGCAUCGCCUGCCAGUACUACUCCCCCCCGCUGGCCCACAUCCCCCACCUCACCCAGGUGCUGCCCGCCGGAGUCUACUCCCACCACCCAAGUCCGGCAGGCCAGUUCCCCUGCCACGGCGUCCCACCGCAGCCCGUCCAGCACCAGCACGAGGACUGGUACAGCCACCUGAGGAGCAACAUGAGCACCCCGGUCUUCUCCCUCACCACCAUGCAGAGCCUGGACCCUAACGCACACUGGAGCUGA